UGGAAUUUUUCCCCUUUUUACCUUUCGCUCAUUUCGUAUUUUAAUACAUGGGCCCAGGUAUAUAAAUGCAAAUGUUCGUAUUAAGCGAGUAAUUUUUAAUCUAUUCCUUUGUGGAAGCUGAUGUUUUAGUACAGGGGUUCAUCGGUGGUAAAAUAAGGAAUUAAAAACUGUUUUUUUUUAAUAUUUUCAAAAUCGUUUCUACUUCCAUUUGAAAUUCAAUUUGUGACAAAGAAAAGCAAAUUAGUGAGUAAAAGCUCAUUAUUGUAGAUAUGCAAAAUUUAGAAAUCGAUUCAUUUUUGUUUCUUGAUUGAACAUUGAUUAUUGCUGCGCGAUUGUUAUUCUAAUUUUCCAUUUUCCAUUCUUUUUCACCUUGCCUCCGCAUUCUUAGUUAUUCGCAGGUAUUUCGGGCCAUUUUCUUAUUUAUUUCUUUAUUUGUGAAAAGUUACACAAAAACCAGCUCGAACAAAAUGAAAAUUUUGCCAACGUGGUUCCUGUGCUGAAAAAGUUUGUAACAACAAACAAUCACAUAAUUUUCAGCAUAUUCUCGAGUAUCUUUAAAAGGUUGCUUCUGAAAUCAGAGCAGAAAAAGGCUGAAAGAAGGAUUAAUUGAAAACUACGAAAUACCAACUGCAACUGCAAAAUUGAAGUGAUGCAUUCAAGUUAAAAGCCGCCCGCAGUUCUCUUUCAAGUUUUUCAAAUCGUCUUUUUUACAUCACUAACAUCACCUUCACCGCACAACCACAAAAGCUACAGCACGGUAUUCAAAAAGUCACCAAUUAUUCAAAAAAAUACUCAUAUUGCCAGGAGUUUAUGAUCUUUAUGCCGGUUAGAAACUGUUAUAGGAAUUGCACUAAAAUUAGCAAUAACCACAUUUUGCCCGAAGCACCUUUUGCCGUCACCGUUUACCAACAAAAGUAGCCUGAGACCUUGAACAAUUUUUUUGUAUUUUAUUGGAACAGUGAACCAGAUUUUAUUUGGUCCCACUUUGCGUAAAGUAGUGAGUACUCCAAAAGUGCUUGAGGGCUGGAAACUUCAAUUUCAUGUCAAAAUUUGAUGGUUUUCGAUUCUUCAUCUAAGGUGACAUCAUUUUGAAUUGUUACAUAAUCUAAUUAUAUAUACCCUCUUUGUUCACAUUACAGUUACGUCAUAAUAAUCUUUUCACGAUUGCUACUCAACUUCCUCAGAUUGUCACCUUGUUUCCGGACUUUUCCUCCAAUUCUUCCCGUGGAUCCCAGAAACCAAAUAUAAACAACAACAAUAACAACAACCUACAAAACAGAUACCAACAAGUAAACAGCGGGAAAAUUCAUCUUCCCCCGUUGAGGUCGCUCGAUAUUUUUUCGACGUUGAGACCUAAAAGCCCUCCAAAGCCCGAAAGAAAAAAGGAGGAACCGAAAUUGAUUCUGCCUCAUUUUUCAACACUUUCAUCAUUUCUCGCAGAUGUGAACAAAACUAACGAGCAUCAUUACGUAUCCACAUCAGGAAACAAACAACAUCCAAAUCAAUCACAAUUAUCAGUGAACACUCCAUGCCAUCAGUCACCGGAUGUUAUCAACAACUCUAAACCAGCUGUUAUAUUUAAUAACCAAAAUGACCAAUGUUGGACUCAACGUGCGGAACCUCCUCGUGAGAGCUCCUCAGAACUCAUUCAGCCGAAGUACAUUAAGCCUAUUUACUCGCUGUCAACGAACUCGAAUUGUAAUGUGAGCUCUGAUAGCUCCAGUUAUAAGUCUCUGAUUACCACUUCAGUUAGAAACACCACCAGUGCUAAUAAUAAAACCAUCGGCAUCAACAACAUCAACAACAACAACAACAACAACAACGUAAACAGCAUAAAUUACAUUAACAACAACAACAACAACAACGCUAACGGUUAUAAUCAGUUGGAGGCUUCAAGAGUCGACUGCAACAAAAGUAAUAUAUCAUCAUUUUUAUCACCUGUUAGUGUAAAUAAUUCGAAAGGAGUUGCUUCACCAGGAGCAAAACCGGUUCCUCAAAGCUUGCCGGUCAUUUCAUCAUUGCUGCCGUCUACUGGAAGUCCAAAAGCAAAAGUUCAAAAACUAGUUCCAGAAACAGUGGUCGACAAUUGCCAAAGUGAUGCUAAAAAGUUACCUAAUUUAGGUAGUACUUAUAAUAGUAUUUCAUGCGUUGAGCAAUCAGUAAACACAGUCAUAAUACUAACUCAAAAAAAAUUAGAUUGCGAAAAUCAGGAAAAAAUUUCAUGCCAAGACAGUUUUCUUCACAGCAUCGACAAGAAGAGAAAAACUCCAGAGAAAACUUUGGAAAACUUGGGAAAAGUCGAAGCAGCAACAACUACCUUUAAAACUUCACCUGUGAUGUCAGUUUUCUCUCCUCAAAACCCUGUAGAACUUGGAAAAAACUUCAGUCAAUCUGGAUCAGUGAAACUACAAGACGUUGAAGAUGGUUAUAUGUCACAUAAAAUAAAUGUACAACACUUCGGAAACGUAUAUGACAACAACAAUCGGUAUUACAUUUACCCAGCAUUUGGGCAAAAUGACCAAAAAGAUGAGAUGAAUGAAUUCCAAAUGCAAACAAAAUCUGAAAACGGGGCGAUGAGUUAUAGAAGUCUCGGCUUGGUAGGAAAUGAAAACAUAAUAUUUUCAACGUUUGAUGCAGAUCCACCAGUAAUGAAAUAUGAGCAAACGGAAAUGGACGAAGAACCUGGUUUUGAUCAAAUUGAAGAGUGUUUCGAAAGCGUGAUAGAUUUACCAGUUCAAAAAACCUACACUACCCUCGUGACUCCUCCGGUGGACACUUUCAUGACGUCAUCAGGGUCACGUGACAACAUCAACACGUCAUCAUCAUUAUCAUCAUCACCAACUCUCCUUUCAUUCUCAUCAUCAACAUCAUCAGCUACAGUGACUUCUUGUUCUUCUUCUUUCUCAAGCCCACCUCCUACAAAUGAUCAACACUCAUUCAAAAACACUUCUCAUCAGCCUGUGGUCGCUACUUACUCUUACAUAUCUGCUUACAAGAAACCACCUCCCACGUCCAAGGUCAACGGUGAGCACAUGCGAUCUGAGAUUGAUCAUAGUUCUCUUAGAGGUCCAUCAGCUUACAAUAACUCAUCAGAUGUUGGCGCCUUGCCAUCAAUUCAGUUACUACAGAGCGGCAAAAGUCAAAAACUGCAAAACACAAACAACCAGUAUAUCGAGGUGCAACAGAACCAGAUAUUCGCACAGCUCAAACCAAUUGACCCCAGUGAACAUCAAAGCCUCCAACCAUCAUCACCCAGUGUCAUCAGUAACAUCUCAAGCGUCAAUCAAGCUUUCAAUCAGAGCCAGGUUUUUCAACAGGGUAACUUCCAACCCAGGGAUUACAUAAACAACAAUAAACAUAACAAUAAUGUAACGGGAGGGAAUGUUUUACCUGUGAUUACCGAACUGAUGCCGCCUAAAAUUGAGAACAGAAGCUUUAGCCCGAUUGCAAGUUUCUCGUCUGUUCAAAGUAGCGUUCAUAAUAAUGAUCACAAUAGUCGCUUUGGAGUGCAUAACAUGAUGUCAACUUCUCCGACUGGGUUUUCGUUACCCAAUGAGCCGAGUUCAAUGACAACUCCCGUCGAGACGGCUUCUGAUCAAAAACUGGAGGUUGACACCAAGCUUUCAGAGGUGUCCCCUAACUCGAGCAGUGAUGGAGCGAGUUCAGUUGGAAGCGGAAAAGAUUCGGUGGGAGGAGGGGGACCUGUGAGAUACCAUGCAAUUGACAGAAUCGAGACUUCAAUCAACCUAGUGUUGAACAAUAACAAUAACAACUCAAAGAAGUCUGAGAAGAAAGAAGGAAUGAGAUCCGAUUCGGCUUUUGAAGCGAUGAGUUCCGACUGCAACAUUCACUUGUGGGAAUUCCUGCUCGAGUUGCUCCUAAAAGGGGAACACCGCGACAAAAUAUGCUGGACAGGAACAGACUAUGAAUUCAUUCUCAAAACACCCGACCAGGUUGCCAAACUUUGGGGUGUACGGAAGACGAAACCGAAGAUGAACUAUGAAAAACUAGCGCGAGGGUUGCGAUACUACUACAGCAAGAAGAUCCUUGCUAAGUCGUCGGGAAGACGCUACGUGUACAAAUUUCUCUGUGACAUAUCAAAAUCGAAAGUUGCUAAGGGAAAAGACGAUGCGAUUGCUUUAGUGAAACAAACCCACAACUUCACAGCCGAGUUUAGAGCAGACGGUUUAUUGUAGUAAAGGAUUUUUUUAUCAAAUGAAUUAUGAUCUCUCAGUGUCUAUGGUUAUACAAAUUAUAAUUUAUAUAGGUGUAAAUUUGCUGUUUCAGUGUUCCAUUAUUUCGACAUAUUUAGUUACUUCAGUGGUUUUAUUCAUUAUUUCAGUAUUGCAUUCAAAAGUUGUCUUUUAAUUAUCAACCAUAUCGUAAAUUGAUAUUAU